AGUACACUCUACUGCUGCCUGCGAUACCACGCCGUGCGGUACGCCUCAAUCUGUGCGUCGGUUCCUCGAUAUGCUUGUGCAGUAGCCGAGCAGUUCCGUGAUCCUGCGGUCGCUAUACGCAACCCUCGAUGCCCUGUAAGCUAGUUGUCGCUAUGUGCCCGUAGUGUGUUCGCGGCUGCUGCUGAUCCUCAUGCUCAGUUUUUCUUAGCUCAGGAAAAAAAAGAAAAAGCUUGAAGCAUGAGGAGCGGAUUCCACCGUGUCGAGCUGAACAAGACGGUAUGGGAGGUUCCCGUCCGCUACAACAACCUUUCGCCCAUCGGCGUCGGCGCUUACGGACAAGUUUGUUCGGCAUUUGACAAGGAGCACAAGCACAAAGUGGCCAUCAAGAAGCUGUCACGGCCCUUCCAGUCUGCCAUCCAUGCCAAGCGCACCUACCGAGAACUGCGACUCCUCAAGCAUAUGGACCACGAAAAUGUGAUAGGCCUCCUCGACGUGUUCACACCCUCAACUACACUGGAGGACUUCCAUGAUGUGUACCUGGUGAACCAUCUGAUGGGCUCUGAUCUGAACAACAUAAUCCGGACUCAACGACUGAGUGACGACCACGUUCAGUUUCUCGUCUACCAGAUUCUGAGGGGGCUCAAGUACAUCCACUCGGCUGGCAUCAUCCACAGGGAUCUGAAACCAAGCAAUAUUGCGGUGAAUGAGGACUGUGAAUUGAAGAUCUUGGACUUUGGUCUGGCACGCCAUGCUGAGGUGGAGAUGACUGGCUAUGUGGCCACGCGGUGGUACCGAGCACCCGAAAUCAUGCUCAACUGGAUGCACUACAACCAGACAGUGGACAUUUGGUCAGUGGGCUGCAUCAUGGCUGAGCUCAUCACAGGCAAGACACUGUUUCCUGGCAAUGACCACUUAAACCAGCUGAACAGGAUCAUGGAGCUGUGUGGCACGCCCGAUGGAGAGCUUCUGGCCAAAAUCUCUAGCAAGGAGGUGCGUGCCUCUUGUGUUCCACACCUGAAGGCAAGGAACUACAUCCGCAGCCUGCCUGUCAUGAAGAAGAAAAACUUUGCCGAGGUGUUCCAGGGGGCCAAUGAGAAAGCCAUUGACCUGCUGGAGCGCAUGCUGGAACUGGAUGCGGACAAGCGACCCACUGCCACUGAGGCUCUGGCACACCCGUACUUGGCCAGCCUGGCGGACCCGACAGAUGAGCCAUCAGCUGAGCCCUGCGAUCAGUCCUUUGAGGAUCGUGACCUCAGUGUGCACGAGUGGAAACAAAUGGUGCACAAGGAGGUGGUGAUGUUCCAGCCCAAGCUGCGCCAGAUCAGCGCUGGCAUCUCGGGCCUCGCCCAGGACCUGCAGCGCAGGAUGAAGGUCCUCUAGGGAUUCGCUCGUGAUGUGUGUCGCGUGGCGAUGCCUACGAGAAGAGUACGUACGCUCUCUGUUAGGCAACGUUGUGCCCAUUCGUAGGUA